AAAGCACGAUCUGAACAAAAAAAUUUAGCCCACUACCUCCAGAGCUCGAAUCGUAUUAUAGUGUAUCAUGAGGUCCUUAUGUUAAGAUGCGUUGAUGUCCUUGAUGAUUAAGACCCCUCAUUUCUUAAUUUUUUUUUUUUUUUUUUUUUUUUUUGGUGUUUAGAGAGUCAUAAGAGCGGGUGAUGAGAAUCGAUCCCAGAAUCACCUGAAACCGGGAAGGGAGGUAUAACCACUUGAGCUAUUCCCACUCUCGUUUCUUAAUUCUUAUCUAAGGACACGAGAAAAGGGUAACAAAAUCUGAAAUUGCCAAAAAGAAUGACGUGGCGAUGAUUGAUCCACUGAUAACUCAAAUACAUGAUCAACAACAAAGAGUGUGCUCUCCACACGUUCAAAAUAAAUACACUUCUUCAUUUUACUCAUUAUAUGAUUUAUAUCUUUCUUUACUAUUUUGCCAUCCUUUCUAAAUAAAACAAACAAUUUUUAAUUCCUUUCAAUAAAUAAUGGCUUCUUCUCUUAACAUUUUAAGUAAUGUUAAUGGGUUUGGGUGCACGAAACCAUCAGUUGGUUCACAACAGAGAAGAAGGAUGGUUGUGGUAAGGGCAGAAACAAUUAACCCAGAAAUCAGGAAAACUGAAGAGAAAGUUGUUGAUUCUGUUGUUGCUACUGAGCUCUCCAAGAAUAUCACCCCUUAUUGCAGGUGUUGGAGAUCAGGGACAUUUCCUUUGUGUGAUGGGAGUCAUAUGAAGCACAACAAAGCUACUGUUGGACCUUUGUUGUUAAAGAAGCAGUAAUUCUGAUUCAUAUCGAUGAUCUACUUUCCUUCUUUUUUUUGGUUGCUUUUCUUUUUGUUCGGAUUUUGAUUAUUGUCACCUAGCAACUUAUGCCUAGAGUUGUUUCCUCUUUGAGUGGUUGAGAUUAAAUAUGCAACCGUAUUUUGACAGUGCAUGCUAAUGAGAUGUGAAUCCUGUGAUUAACUGUUUUGCGAUAAUGUUAUUACUUGUUGUUGCUUCCUUCGUUCCAAAAUUAUACCCUGUAAGACAUAUCUCAUUCACAUGAUCUAAUAUAACUAUA